GACAGGCCGUUUGUGUCGCUUACGUGACUCGUAGCGUACGUGACGCCACACCACCUUCUUCUUUUCUCCUCCCUUUGUGCAACUGUCAAGCCCCUUUUCGAUCAGGACUGGAACACACAGAGAUAAUGGCUGUACCUCCCACUUACAUUGACCUUGGAAAGUCUGCCAGGGAUGUUUUUACCAAGGGAUACGGCUUUGGGCUCAUCAAGCUGGACUUGAAAACAAAGUCUGAGAAUGGACUGGAGUUCACCAGCACAGGAUCUGCCAACACUGAGACCAGCAAGGUCUCUGGAUCCCUUGAGACAAAGUACAAGUGGGCAGAGCACGGACUGACCUUCACAGAGAAGUGGAACACCGACAACACUCUGGGAACCGAGAUCACUAUUGAAGACCAGUUGGCUAAGGGACUGAAGCUGACGUUCGAUUCUUCCUUCUCGCCAAACACUGGCAAGAAGAGCGGCAAGGUCAAGACGGGCUACAAGUGCGACCACAUCAACCUCGGCUGUGACGUUAACUACGACAUCAACGGUACAGCCAUCCACGGCUCCGCAGUGGUGGGCUACGAGGGCUGGCUGGCCGGCUACCAGAUGACCUUUGAGGCUGGCAGGAAUAGGAUCACCCAGAGCAACUUUGCGGUUGGAUUCAAGACUGACGAGUUCCAGCUCCAUACAAAUGUAAAUGAUGGUACAGAGUUCGGCGGUUCCAUCUACCAAAAGGUGAAUGACCAGCUGGAGACGGCCGUCAAUCUGGCCUGGACUGCGGGAAACAGCAACACCCGCUUUGGCAUCGCCGCCAAGUAUCAGAUUGAUCCUGAUGCAUCCUUCUCUGCCAAGGUGAACAACUCCAGCCUCGUGGGCCUGGGCUACACUCAGACUCUGAAGCCAGGCAUCAAGCUGACGCUCUCUGCUCUCCUCGAUGGGAAGAACAUCAACGCUGGUGGCCACAAGCUUGGUCUUGGCCUCGAAUUCCAGGCGUAGGAGGAUGAGGCGGACCCUUCCAGUCCUCCCAGCGCACACAUGCACACACUCACAUUCCCCACCCGAAAAAAAUGUUUAUUGAUUAGUCUAGCCCUCACCAAACCCCUUUUUCCCCUAGAUAUGUUACAGCUGGAAGCAAGACAUCAAAUAGGUCAAAUUGUUCUUGUGACGAUCUUUUAAAGGACCACUUUUAAGGGAAUGUUUUGAAAAUGUAGGGCCAAGUUACGAACAAAACGGCGACCCUCAAGCAGAAAAUUUUAUCUUGAAUUGCAGAGCUUGCAAGGGAAAGAUAGCUUCGAGUACACCCAUGUUGGCUGCACAGUUUGUCAUUCUACCACAUUCAUGCACAAUGCUUUAAUUUGUAUGUCUCUCUGCUUUCCAGUGCAGACAAAAGGGAAAAUCAAAACUAAAACAGCCCAAAAUGCACGAGGAGCUCGACAGUCAGCGUACAGUUGAGCUGUUUCACCACCAGAUGGUGCUGUUGCAUAGCGCCAUCAAGCACCCCUUGUUCAAGAAGUUGUAGUGGUGAAAUAACAGUUUUAUUUUCAUACUUCUGCACCAGAGAGCUUUAGUGUCUGUCUUGAUAUAUUAUACAAUGGGAAGGGUUAGUUGUCCCUGAUGUAAGCAGCUGUCAGUAGCUCAACGAGACACUACACUCCAGUGUGUACAUUCUGUGUUUUCGUCUCACUUGUUUAUUGUGUCUGUGCAUUUGGUGUGAAUCAUGUCUUUUGUUACAUAUAGCCAAAAAAAAAAAUAUUAUUUUAUUGUCAGUCUUGCAUAGUUUAAUCCACCUGUGAAGUCUUACUUACGGCAUUGACAUGUCAAUUCUUCCUGGUUGAGCAGACUGAAGGAAACCUAUCAUGCACAUCCUCCGGAUUAGAAGAGUUACAGCUCUUCUUUGAAGGAGGAUGAAACGAAUAAAUACAGUGGACAGGAAAUGGUAGUCUUCCACAACUGGUUACGGGAAUCAUGCUUAGUGUACUUGACAGUAUUGUUAUGUCCUGAAUUAAAUAAAGAACAUCUUGAACCAGU